AUGUUAGCUGGUAUUAUAAAACAACAUAACGAAUUACAAACAAAACGUGAAACUAUAAAACGUUAUGAACAAGAAUUACAAUCAAUGAAGUGUUUACUCGAAAUAACAUUAAAAGAAAAACAAAUACAAAAUGAUCAAUUACAGUAUGAAAGACAAUAUGGUAAUAUGCAACAAAAUGAUAAUCGAUUUAUUCAAAUGAAUAAACUAGCAGAUAAUGAAAUAACAGAAGAUGUUAUAUCUCGUCGACUAACAUCAACACCAACAUAA